AUUGAACCUCUUAAUUUAUAUGUAUAUAUAUUUUUCUUUCACGCUUAAUUGUUAUUGUUUAUUUUUCUUCCUUUCAUUGUCUGCUUAGGUACAUGGUUGUGUGAAAAUUCUCCACUUUUGUACAUGUUGACUGAAGGGUCGACUCGCAUCAACUAGAUUGUUCAGGAAAGCUUUAUUCUUCAAUUAAGGUUUAAAGCCCAGGGGCUUGUAUUACUUCUUUUAAUGCAAAAAGCUCUCCCUCAUUACAUAAGCUAUUACUGAAUCAUCUUUCAAAGAGAAGCCUCAAUGGUCAAAAGCCAAAAGUUUAAUCUUUUGUUAGCCGCAUUUGGUGGGUUUAUGCAACUAUAGCAAUUCUGCUUUGUUCAGACUCUUUUGUUUGCAGAAAAUUAUCUCUUUCUGGCUAAUUCCUGCAAUUCUGUUCUGCUCCAAAGCAAGAAGACAAGUCAAUAUUGAAUUGAAGCUUAUUGAGUGAUCUCUGUGAACCUCAUUUGCGCUUCCCGGAUACUUCUCCCCUCGUAAUUAGAAAAUUCCGCCUGGGAUAGUCCUGGUUUUGUUCCAGGCGACGAAACAAUAAAAUGCUGGGACUGAGAGCGACUGCUAGACACAAGCGUUCAAAGAGCUUUCCUGAUAAAUAUGGAGUUCAGGAAGAUAGGUUAAGAAGUUCUCAAGAAGCAUCACACCAAAUAAAGCUGGACCAGGAGGUAGGGCAAUUGAUGGACUCUUGCAAAACAAGGAAGAAACAGUUUCCCAACACAGAAGUGCAAAAUUGUUUGAAGGAAGAGAUUUUACAGCUUGAGAAAAGAUUACAAGACCAAUUUGUGGUCCGCCAUGCUUUGGAACAAGCAUUAGGUUAUAGGACUUCUUCCCAGGUUGAUACAGAUAAAAUGUCAAUGCCCAAGCCAGCCACAGAACUGAUUAAGGAAAUUGCAGUGUUAGAGUUGGAAGUUGUAUAUUUGGAACAAUAUCUUCUCUCAUUGUAUCGGAAGGCAUUUGAUCAACAAAUUCCUUCUGUAUCUCCAAUCACUAAAGAUGAAACAUCAAAAUCACCUUUAGCUACCCUGAAAGCAAGGUUUGUGGAAGAUUCUGAGCCUGCGGUCACAUCUAAAAGAGAAAUCCCUCCUAUCCAAUCUAGUUGUCAGUCAGUCGACAAUCAGUGGAAGGAAUCCAAUAGCACCGGAGGAGAAGAUAAACUAUUGGAUUCUGGUGUUCACCGAUGUCACUCCUCACUGUCACAACGUUUUGCCCUUCCAAGUAGAUCAUUGACUUCAGCAGAGUCUUUGGGUAGAGCUGUACGCUCUUGCCAUUCACAACCAUUAUCCAUGAUGGAGUAUGCCCAGAAUGCACCAAAUAUCAUCAGUCUAGCUGAGCACCUUGGUACUCGCAUUUCAGAUCAUGUGCCAGAGACGCCAAACAGGCUGUCUGAGGAUAUGAUAAAGUGCAUGUCAGCUAUAUACAGUAAGCUUGCUGACCCACCAGUGAUGCAUAAUGGUAUUUCAUCUCCAAGUUCAUCCUUAUCAUCAAUGAGUGGAUUUUCCCCACAAGCUCGGUGUGAUAUGUGGAGUCCCGGUAUCAGAAACAAUUCAAAUUUUGAUGUACGGCUAGACAACCCUUUUCAUGUAGAAGGACUUCAAGAAUUCAGUGGACCGUACAGCACAAUGGUUGAAAUCCCUUUGAUCUAUAGAGAUAGUCAGAAGUUAGGAGAUGUUGAACACUUACUUCAAAAUUUCAGAUUGCUUAUUUCUCGAUUGGAAGCUGUCAAUCCUAGGAAGUUGAAACAUGAGGAGAAGCUGGCAUUCUGGAUCAACAUACAUAAUGCAUUAAUGAUGCAUGCAUAUUUGGCUUAUGGGAUUCCACAAAGUAAUGUCAAGAGGCUCUUUCUCCAACUGAAGGCUGCCUAUAACAUUGGGGGCCACACAAUCAGUGCAGACACUAUACUGAACUCUAUUCUUCGGUGCCGGAUGUCUCGACCUGGACAGUGGAUUCGCUUUUUACUCGUGUCGAAAGGAAAAUUCAAGGUAGGAGAUGAUCGGCAAGCAUAUGCAAUUGAGUGCCCAGAACCCCUAUUGCACUUUGCUCUCAGCUCAGGAAACCAUUCUGAUCCCGCGGUUCGCAUGUACACACCCAAGAGAGUGUUUCAGGAGCUGGAAGCUGCAAAAGAAGAGUUUAUCCGGGCUACCUUUGGUGUACACAAGAACCACAAAAUUCUUCUACCAAAAAUUGUGGAGUCAUAUGCAAGAGAAUCAAAUUUACGUCCUGCCGGUAUCAUAGAGAUGGUUCAACAGUCUUUGCCUGAAUCUUUAAGGAAGUGUAUAAAAAAAUGCCAAGCAAGUAAAUCCGCCAAGAACAUUGAAUGGAUCCCUCACAAUUUCACUUUUCGGUAUCUGAUAUCUAAAGAGCUGCUGAGGUGAUGCCGUGCUUUAGUUCACUAUUCUCCAUUGUUAAUCAAGAUUUCUAUAUAGAAAGAUUUUAUUUUUUUUUUCAUCUGUACAAAGUAGCAUAUGAAACUGGAAAUGGUAGGCCGAUUGGAGCAUGAGGCGCUUUUGUAUUUAUGUAAUGCAAACACUACAAUUAUUGUUAAGGGUUUAUGAUAAUACAGAUUACACUAAAAUUAUUCAGCAUUA